CGUGCGAGGCCUCUCUGGAAGUUGUCCCGGGUGUUCGCCGCUGGAGCGCCGGGUCGAGAGGACGAGGUGCAGCCGCGGGCUCCCGGAGCCCAGCCCUUUUCUAGCCUAGCCUGGCCCGUUCCCCGCCGCCGACUCCUGUCCCCGCCAAGAACCCCAGCGUUACCAUGAAUCCUGCAGUCUCCCUCUCCUUACCCGACCUCAGAUGCUCCCUGCUGCUCCUGGUAACUUGGGUUUUUACUCCAGUAACAACUGAAAUAACAAGUCUUGAUACAGAGAAUAUAGAUGAAAUUUUAAACAAUGCUGAUGUUGCUUUAGUAAAUUUUUAUGCUGACUGGUGUCGUUUCAGCCAGAUGUUGCACCCAAUAUUUGAGGAAGCUUCUGAUGUCAUUAAAGAAGAAUAUCCAGAUAAAAAUCAAGUAGUGUUUGCUCGAGUUGAUUGUGAUCAGCACUCUGAUAUUGCCCAGAGAUACAGGAUAAGCAAAUACCCAACCCUCAAGUUGUUUCGUAAUGGGAUGAUGAUGAAGAGAGAAUACAGGGGUCAACGUUCAGUGAAAGCACUUGCAGAUUACAUCAGGCAACAGAAAAGUAACCCCAUUCAAGAAAUUCAGAAUUUAGAAGAAAUCUCCAAUCUUGAUCGCAGCAAAAGGAAUAUCAUUGGAUAUUUUGAGCAAAAGGGUUCAGACAAUUAUAGAGUUUUCGAAAGAGUAGCGAGUAUUUUACACGAUGACUGUGCCUUCCUCUCUGCUUUUGGGGAUAUUUCAAAACCAGAAAGAUAUAGCGGAGACAAUAUAAUCUACAAACCACCAGGGCGUUCUGCUCCAGACAUGGUGUACUUGGGGUCUAUGACAAAUUUUGACCUGACUUACAAUUGGAUUCAAGAUAAAUGUGUUCCACUUGUCCGAGAAAUAACAUUUGAAAAUGGAGAGGAAUUGACAGAAGAAGGACUGCCUUUUCUUAUACUCUUCCACAUGAAAGAGGAUACGGAAAGUUUAGACAUAUUCCAGAAUGAAGUGGCCCGGCAAUUAAUAAGUGAAAAAGGUACAAUAAACUUUUUACAUGCAGAUUGUGACAAAUUUAGACAUCCUCUUCUGCAUAUACAGAAAACUCCAGCAGAUUGCCCCGUAAUAGCUAUCGACAGCUUUAGGCAUAUGUAUGUUUUUGGAGACUUUAAGGAUGUAUUAAUUCCUGGGAAACUCAAGCAAUUCGUAUUUGACUUACAUUCUGGAAAACUGCAUAGAGAAUUCCAUCAUGGACCGGACCCUACUGACACUGCCCCAGGAGAGCAAGAACAAGACAUCGCAAGCAGUCCUCCAGAGAGUUCCUUCCAGAAGCUAGCACCCAGCGAAUAUAGGUAUACUUUAUUGAGGGAUCGAGAUGAGCUUUAAAAACUUGAAAACAAUUUGCAAGCCUUUCAACAGCAGCAUCGACUUACAUGGUGGAAAUAGUAAACCUAUAUUUUCAUAAUUCUAUGUGUAUUUUUAUUUUGAAUAAACUGAAAGAAGUUUUGGGUUUUUAAUUUUUUUUCUCCCCCUGACUAAAAAUGCAUUGUCAUUUAAUAUAGCCUCUUUUAAAAAAAAAAACUGCAAGGGUUUAAAAGAAUAAUAAUAAAACAACAACAACCAGAGGCCUAUCUUCUGUUUAAAUCUUUGCUGUACAAUUUUUAUAAACCAGCUGAAAGGUAACAUUGCCAGAAACAUACCAUUAACUCGCACCACUAGGAUAGAGAAAAUGUAGGGUGUUUCCUGUGUAAAAUGUGCUUUUCUUUCUUCUCAUCUGAUCAUGUCUGUUGGUAUUCUCAUUAUCAUAUUCUAAAAGCUAAGGGGAUAUAUAUUCUGGAUACUUGGGAGGGGAAUAAAUUAAAACUUUCACACUGUG